GGAUAAUGGGUUUCAAUGUUGUAUAUCACUAUCUGGAUGAGGACAAAAUACAGAAGGAGUUUCUUAUUGUUUUGGACCUCUGGAUAAGAAAGGAAGAGACAAAAAAAGUGCUAUGUGACGACAAAGGUAAUCCUCUUUACCACGACAAUGGUGAGGUGAAGGAGGCGGUAUUCAACAGUUAUGUCUUCAAAUGGCCGACUACCUCUGGCCCUUGGUCUAAUACGAAAUUGAGGGAACUCUACCGAAAAAAGGAGAUCCCGGACUCUACAUGGGAAGAAUAUAAUUGUUGCUUUGUGAAGAGAAAAGAAACUUAUGCAACUGCUGAGAAGAUACUUCGGGCCUGCCAGGAAGCAGAGCGUAAAGGGGAAAGCAUUGCUGAGGCUGCCAAAUCUGCUGACGACGAACCACCGCCAAAGGAGACAAGGAAAUUUCGAGCCCUAAGAGCCGAGGAAGCAUCAAGGAAAGUAGCAUGGCCUCCAAGAAGGAAGAGGCGUUCUGGUCCCAGCCUUUGUAGAGUUGAGGACCUUCAUAGCCCUACCAUUUCAGACUCAGAGGAUGGCAGCCCUCCCCAUCACAAGGGUACCGACUUAGAGUCCGAUGAUGACUUGGACGAUAGUGUCCUUCAAUCCAAUCAGAAUGCCCUUACCUCCCUACAACAAUCCCUCAACAACACCAACUCUACACCUAGUGCUUCCCCACUGCUACCUCCGCCAUCAACCCCACUCGCCUCCACCCCAAAAGAAGGAAGAUGA